AUGCCGGGCUUAAUUUCGUCGAACCCAUCUCCCAUUUUCAUAUCAGGAACUCCAGACCAGACUCUGAAGAGCGAGUCCUUCAAUGGAACCAAAGGUUAUCUUAAGCCAGCAUCUCCUUCCAGCCAAUUACGGAUGCGACCCACCAGAAAAAGCGGUCCCGAAAAGCUUCCCGUAGACGAUUCCUCGCUCGACAAUCCGGAUCUCGGGCCGUUUUUAUUGAAGCUAGCCCGUGACACGAUUUCGUCCGGGGAGAGCCCGAACAAGGCUUUGGAUUACGCGAUUCGAGCUUCCAAGUCGUUCGAGCGGAGCCCUGUAGCUCAGGGUCUUGAGCUGGCUAUGAGCUUGCACGUUGUGGCGGCGAUUUACAGUAGUUUGGGUCGAUUAGAGGAGGCGAUUCCGGUUCUGGAACGGUCAAUUGAGGUCCCUAAUAUAGGAAGCGGGUUAGACCAUGCGCUGGCUAAGUUCUCGGGAUACAUGCAGCUUGGGGACACGUAUUCAAUCAUGGGGCAACUUGAGCAGUCGAUUUCGUGUUACGAAUCGGGUCUUAAAAUCCAAUCGGAGGCUCUGGGUGAGUCGGAUCCCCGAGUUGCAGAGACUUACAGGUACCUUGCUGAAGCCCAUAUGCAAGCAAUGCAAUUUGACGAGGCAGAGAACUUCUGCAAAAAGACACUUGAAAUUCAUAGAUUGCACAGUGAACCGGCAUCCCUUGAAGAAGCGGCUGAUCGCAGGCUCAUGGCUCUCGUCUGUGAGGCAAAGGGAGAUUAUGAAACUGCCCUUGAGCAACUUGUUCUUGCUAGCAUGGUAAUGAUAGCCAGCGGACAAGAUAAUGAGGUCGCUACUAUUGAUGUCGGCAUUGGCAACAUUUACCUGUCCCUCUGUCGAUUUGAGGAGGCUGUUUUUGCUUACCAGAAAGCUCUUACGGUAUUCAAAUCUACAAGGGGUGAAAAUCACUCUUCUGUGGCCUCAAUCUUUGUUCACCUUGCUGACCUGUAUUACAGGACCGGAAAGUUGCGAGAGUCCAAAUCAUACUGUGAGAAUGCGUUGAGAAUAUAUACUAAACCUUCGCCUGGAUUUACUUCUGAGGAAAUUGCCACUGGGUUGACUGAAAUCGCAGCCAUCUAUGAAGCUGUCAAUGAGCCCGAGGAAGGGCUGAGACUCUUGCAGAAGGCAAUAAAGUUAUUGGAGAAUAAAUCUGCAUACCGUGGCACAAUUGCAGGAUUAGAAGCUCAGAUGGGUGUCAUGUUCUACAUGAUUGGAAGGUUUUCAGAGGCUCGAAAUUCAUUUGAGAGUGCUAUAACUAAGCUUCGUGCUGGCGGGGAGAGGAAAUCAGCAUUCUUUGGAAUUGUGUUGAACCAGAUGGGGUUGGCUUCUGUGCAGCUGUACAAAAUAAACGAGGCCACCAAACUGUUUGAAGAAGCGAGAGAGAUACUAGAGCAGGAAUGUGGACCAUGUCACUUGGAUACACUAGGAGUAUAUAGCAAUCUCGCAGCAACUUAUGAUGCCAUGGGGAGGGUAGAAGAUGCAAUCGAGAUAUUGGAGUACAUCUUGAGGGUGAGGGAAGAAAAGCUGGGAACAGCAAAUCCAGAUGUUGAUGAUGAAAAGAAAAGGUUAACUCAGCUUUUACGAGAAGUGGGAAGGUCUCGCAACAGAAAGGCGAAAUCACUGGAAAAUCUUCUCGGUUCCAACAUUCAAGAGAGGAAAAAGGAGGGAACGAGAAGAUGGUCUGGUUUUAGUUUUAAACCUUGA